UAUAAAAUGCACACUCAGCAAACAUCCAGUAACACACCCAGAAGAGUCCUGCAGCAGACAGACUCAGAAACAAAAUGAAAGCUAUCGCAGCCUUGCUGCUAAUGCUAAACUACCUAUCAGUCAGUCAUGGCGGCAUUUGCAUGGAGGGUCCACAACAGUUUCCUGCUGUACAGAUUGAUGCUGGGCAGGGGAAAGUUGUGAUGACAGACAGCAACAAUUAUGCAUACUUUCUGAUUGGAUCACAGUGGUACAAAAUGGGCUUACUCACCCUCAAGCAUGUCUCAGUGGGACCUGCAGGAAUCUGGGGUGUUGACCUCAACAACAGGGUAUACGAAUACGUAGCUGGCAGCUUUGUUUUUGCGAAUGGUGAGAGUUUACGGCAGGUGGAUGCUGGAGGUGAUGGUCAGGUGGUGGGAGUUACCGACACCUCCACCAUCCACUGUCUGCAAAGCACCAUUGCCUCAGUCUACAGGGAACAGAGCACCCUGAGCUGGAUAACCCUGCCUGGGCUUUUAAUGUAUGUCAGUUGCAGCACAAAAUAUGGAUGCUGGGGAGUGAACUCAGCUGAAAACAUCUACUUCACAAAAGUAACACCGAGCACCUGUGGCAUCAGUGACUGGAUACAUGUGGAUGGUCUUGCAGUAAAGGUUGAAACUGGGACUGAUGGAAGCGUCUUUGUUGUAAAUAGAGUAGGAGAGGUCUACCAAAGACAAGGCAUCGACAGCCGCACUCCACAAGGCACGAGCUGGACCCAAAUACCAAUGCCCUCUCGCAUCAGCCAUGUGAGCUAUGAUCGUGGCAAUCUGUGGGUCGUGACUGACAAUGGGACCAUCCUGAAAUGCUUAUAUUAAUGGUUGUAGUCUUUCUCUUCUGUCACAUAAGACAAUAUAAAAGCUGAUCAGCAUUAUGUUAACAAUGAAAAAUUCACGUGGGAAAACGAUUGAUUGUUUUAUUGUGAUUACAUCUUAAGUAAUCUAGUAGUUUUGCAACAACAUGCAUAACUACUAGAAUGCUGACAGAUAUUUACUUCUGUAUCAUUCACCUGCCAUCCUUUCAUAAACUCUUGAUUUGUUGAGACUGUUUGGAUUCAGUUUUUUAUUUUUGCAAGUUUUAUUCAGCAGAGCUACUGGCUUUCCUGUCACUGUUUUGGUUCUUUGCUUUGUGAUCAUUGCAUAUAGUAGACAAGCUUACAUGAGAUUAUGAUGGCAUUAUAUAUUCAUUCUAAAUUCUAAAUUGCAAGAUUUAUGAGUUUCUACUCUUGUCUUGUUUGCAACAGCGCUGCCUUUACAGUUGGUUUUCCAAUGGUUUUUAUAGACUUAUCAGUAUUUUAUCAUCAUUAUCAUAAUCUAAUGACUCAGGUAGGCACACUAAUAGGUUUAAUUUUGUGCAGAAGAAGAGUCAUGUGAACCAUGAACCAUUUAACUUCUGUCCAUUUAGUGCACAUGUUUGGCACAUUUUUGUUAUAACAAUGUAACUUAAAUUACCCUGAUAUGAUCUAUGCAUAUAUAAUGCGCAGUAUAGUCACAGUUUGAGUAUGAUGUGAUUUCCAAUGCUCUUCACUUUUUAAAACUUUAUUCCAAGCAUUUCACAGGUAAUGUCAGCAGAAUAUAAACAGAUUGUAAAACCG